CUUCCGAUCGGAGGGGAAGCGAGAAUCUAUCUAGACGCCGUGAUCUUGCUGACUGAGAGAAAGUACAGAAACUCUCUGAGGAGCGUCCGUGCUCCAUUGACGGAGAAGGAUUCGCUGCCGGGAGCGAAAUCCGGCAUAGGCCCGGUGAUCGAGAUGGCGAGCACAUCUCUGUUGCAUCCGAAUCGCACCUAUGCUCCAGUCAGUACCGAAGACCCAGGGAAUUCGAGUAGAGGAGGAACUAUAACAGUGGGACUACCACCAGAUUGGGUUGAUGUCUCUGAGGAGAUUUCAGUGAACAUUCAGCGUGCAAGGACCAAAAUGGCUGAACUGGGAAAGGCUCAUGCGAAAGCGUUGAUGCCCUCGUUCGGGGACGACAAGGAAGAUCAGCAUCAGAUCGAGUCUUUGACGCAAGAGAUCACUUUCCUGUUGAGGAAAUCCGAGAAGCAGCUUCAGAGGCUUUCUGCAGCUGGGCCUUCUGAAGAUUCAAACGUCAGGAAAAACGUGCAGCGAUCUCUUGCUACUGAUCUCCAAUAUCUUUCUAUGGAGCUCCGCAAGAAACAGUCUACAUAUUUGAAACGCUUGAGACUACAAAAAGAGGACGGAGCAGAUUUAGAGAUGAAUAUAAACGGAAGCAGAUCUAGAGCAGAUGAUGAUGACUUCGAUGAUAUUUUAUUUAGUGAGCAUCAGAUGAGCAAGAUCAAAAAGAGCGAGGAAAUAUCGGUAGAGAGGGAGAAAGAGAUUCAGCAGGUUGUUGAAUCCGUAAACGAGCUCGCUCAGAUAAUGAAGGAUCUUUCAGCGCUUGUGAUAGACCAGGGUACGAUAGUUGAUCGGAUUGACUAUAACAUCCAGAACGUUGCUAGUACAGUUAAAGAUGGUCUCAAACAGCUGCAAAAGGCAGAACGUACACAGAGAAAUGGAGGUAUGGUUAUGUGCGUGUUGGUUCUUGUCAUCCUCUGCUUCAUCAUGCUAGUACUCUUAAUCCUCAAGGAGAUUUUCUUGUGA